UUAUAUACUGUGAACACAUAUAAUAAAAUAAUCAUAAUAGAAAAAGUACAUGUACAGGUAAGUAAGUUGUUCACCGUUAUCAUGGUGGCAAAUCCAAAAGAAGUACUCAAAGAAUUUGCUGAUCAAUCAUCUAUACACGGUCUUCAUUAUAUAAGCGAUACAAGUCGCCAUUGGACAGAGAGAGUUUUUUGGUUUGUUUGUUGCGCCCUAAGUUGGUAUGGAUCCUACAGUUUAAUGAUGAAUUCAUGGGAAGCAUUUCAAACAAAUGCCAUUAGUUUUGUAGUAGAGACAACAGCAUUAGAAUUUCAAACUAGCUUUCCUGCAAUUAGCAUUUGUGAAACGGAUAACAAUAACAAUGUACAAAAAUUAGCUACAAAAAUCUAUGGAGAUCAUAGAGAUUACAACUUGGACGAAAUAGUCAGAGAAAUAGCGUAUUUUAAAGGGAUGUGUUACUACAUUAAGGAGUUUUGUUUAACCGGACAGUAUUAUUGCCCAACAGCUAACUUUAGAGAAUUAGCAUUAUCAAUGAGAAGUACUUGUGAAGAAGUAUUUUUAAAUUGUACCUGGAGUGGCGUUAGAAAUUUCAAUUGUUGUAAACAUUUUAUACCAACUGAAACAGAACUAGGAAUUUGUUACACCUUAACUAUGGCUAAUGAAUCACCUGAUUCUGAUGAUUAUAUCAAUAUGUAUUCAAAUCGUCUAACUGGACCUAGUGACAUAUAUAUAAAACUUUCUGCUGCUAGUCAGGUCUACAUUCAUUCUUCUGUAGAUGUACCAUAUUAUAAUACAAUCGCUACUGAUAUAUUACAUGCUGUACCAGGUAUAUAUAAACAGUAUAAAAUCACCAUAAAAGAUAUUGCCAAUGAAGAUGAGGUGCAAUUUGUCGGCGUUCACCAGCGAAAGUGCAGAUUCCCUUGGGAAAAUUAUCUAAGUGUAAGUAAUACUUACAGUUACAGCUCUUGUAUAGUGCAUUGUCGUCGUCAGAAACAAAUGGAAAUGUGCAAUUGUACGUCCCAUUUGAUGCCGAAUAGUAAAGAGUCUGAACAUUGCGACAUUAGAGGACUAAUGUGCCUGAAUCAGUAUUAUGCUGAACUUUCUGUACUAAAAAAAAAAAAUAGCGCGAGAGUAGGAUUGGAAUGUCAUUGUGUGCCAUCAUGCGUAGAAACUGAAGUGGAUGUAAUUACAGUCGAAACAUUUACAAUGUCUGAUAAUGAAUCAAUUAUCCAAUUGAUGUUGGAUCAGUUACCUCAAGAGAGACUCAAACGAAAUGUCAUUAGAGGCAGGCUUGAUAUCUUAGUUUCACUUGGAGGUUCAGUAGCAUUAUUCGUCGGAGCAAGUAUUUUGAGUUUUUUGGAAAUCAUUUACUAUUUUUUCUUGCGAAUGCGAAAUGUUAGAAUAGAAUCAUCACUUACGAAAAUGUCGAAAAAACUUUAGUUUGUUUACUAUUGAGAUUGAACAUUGAUUAAUUUACAUUAAAAAUAAUUUAGUAAAAGUCAGU